AAGAGGGUGGCGUACAGAACUGAACAUACUGGAACUGAAUUCAUAGGCUCUUUUCUUUACCCUCCUCCAUGUUUUAGGGGGGAUUCUACACUAGUGCAUUUGACUGCUGCCUUCUUCUUCAUCUUGAAAGAAAGAAAGAAAGAAAGAAAGAAAAGAGAAAGAAAAAAGCGUGAAAGAAAGGAAUAAGAGAGAAAGAUAGAGAGAAAGAAAGAAAGAAAGAGAGAAAGAAAGAGAGGAGGAUGUCGGGAAAGAAGGAGUUUGAUAUGAAACAGAUCCUCAGGCUGCGUUGGCGCUGGUUUAGUCAUUCAUCCCCAGAGUUCUGCCGUGGAGGAGGAGGAGGAGGAGGAUACCUCCAGGAGAGCUUUGAUCACAGAGGGACCCCAGUCCAGGGCAGGCUGAAGAAUCACUCCCGGGACAGAGGUGGCAGUGGAGGGGGACUCCGGAAGCAGAACGGCAACAGUCCGGUCCAUAAUCCUGGCCCCACGCCUGUCUAUGUCAGAGCCAGUAAUCAAUCAUGGCAACAGCAGAAUAUUAUUCAGCACCUGCAGCAGCAGGGUGGCCACGAGCUGCCUAAGAACAGCAGCUCACCUAACAACACCAGGAAGGAGGACUGCUCCAAGAGCAGCCAGGAGAAUGUGAAGAGUGUUGAAGAGUCCUUAGAGGCGGAUGCAAGACACAGGAUGAGCUCCAACGGCUCGGAUGAAUUCUUCCAGGCUACAAACCAUGCGGAAGAGACCUUUCGCAAGAUGGAGACCUAUCUUCAGCACAAGCAGCUGUGUGAUGUUGUCUUGAUAGCAGGAGAUCAUAAGAUCCCGGCUCACAGAUUGGUCCUCAGUGCAGUAUCUGACUACUUUGCUGCCAUGUUCACCAGCGACGUGAGAGAGGCCAAACAGGAGGAGAUCAAGAUGGAGGGGGUGGAUCCAGAAGCCUUGAGAUCUCUGGUCCACUUUGCCUACACUGGUGUCCUUGAAUUGAAGGAGGAGACCAUAGAGAGUCUAUUGGCUGCAGCCUGCCUUCUGCAGCUCUCACAAGUCAUUGAGGUCUGCUGUAACUUCCUCAUGAAACAACUCCAUCCAUCUAACUGCCUGGGGAUACGCUCCUUCGCUGAUGCCCAGGGAUGCAUGGAUCUGCUCAACGUGGCCCACAACUACACUAUGGAGCACUUCCCAGAGGUGAUUCAGAACCAGGAGUUUCUCCUGCUUCCUACGGCUGAGAUCGUCAAACUCUUGGCCAGUGACGACAUAAACAUACCAGAUGAGGAGACCGUUUUCCAGGCUCUGAUGAUGUGGGUGCGGUUCGACGUUCAGCAUCGCCAGCAGGACCUUGGGGUGCUCUUGGCCGAAAUCCGCCUGCCUCUUCUACCUCCACAGCUCCUAGCUGACCUGGAGAACAACACGAUGUUCUCAGAUGACCUGGAAUGCCAGAAGCUUCUAAUGGAAGCCAUGAAGUACCAUCUGCUGCCAGAGCGUCGCCUCAUGUUCCAGAGCCCCAGGACUAAACCCAGGAAGUCCACUGUAGGAGUACUCUACGCUGUGGGAGGCAUGGACGCUACCAAGGGAUCUACGACCAUAGAGAAGUAUGACCUGCGGACCAACACGUGGAUCCAGGUGGGGGUGAUGAACGGCCGGAGGCUGCAGUUCGGGGUGGCAGUGAUCGACGACAAGCUGUACGUGGUGGGGGGCCGAGACGGGCUGAAGACUUCCAACAUGGUGGAGUGUUACAACCCUUUAAACAAAGUCUGGUCCACCAUGCCUCCUAUGUCUACACACAGACACGGACUCGGUAUAACAGUGUUGGAGGGCCCCAUGUAUGCAGUAGGCGGCCAUGAUGGAUGGAGUUACCUGAAUACGGUGGAGAGGUGGGACCCCCAGGCUAGACAGUGGAACUACGUGGCCAGCAUGUCCACCCCACGCAGCACCAUGGGAGUCACCGCACUCAACGGGAAAUUGUUUGCAGUUGGCGGUCGGGACGGGAGCUCAUGUCUGCGGUCGAUGGAAUGCUUUGAUCCACACACCAACAAGUGGAGUAUGUGUGCCCCCAUGGCGAAGCGGAGAGGAGGGGUGGGUGUGGCCACGUACAACAGCUUCCUCUAUGCUGUGGGUGGUCAUGAUGCCCCGGCGUCCAACCACUGCUCCAGUCUAUCAGACUGUGUGGAGAGGUAUGAUCCCAAAACAGACACAUGGACAACGGUGUCCUCUCUGAGUGUCCCCAGGGAUGCUGUAGGUAUCUGUCUGCUAGGAGACAGGCUAUAUGCUGUCGGAGGAUACGAUGGAACGUCCUACCUGAACAGUGUUGAGUCCUAUGAUGCACAGAACAAUGAAUGGACUGAGGAGGUCAAUCUCAACAUUGGAAGGGCUGGAGCCUGUGUUGUAGUUGUGAGAAUACCUUAAGGACUACAACUCCCUACAACCCCCUGGAAUGCCACACAAAACACAUGAUAUGAUGUCACCGCUGAUGUCACCACUGAGAAUGUUUUUCUACUGUAAAGACAAACCUCUACUGCAUUCCUCACAAACCAAUGUUUCCAUUAACAGUGAUUUUCAUUGUCCACUUGAAAGUAUUUUAUCUUUGAUUAUAAGAACGUACUUUACCAUAUCUACAGAUCAAGUAAUUGGUUAGUUGUUGUUAAAAAUAUUAGGAAACUCUGCCACACUCUCAUUGGUCUGGUUACUCUGUUAAAAUGCUCUAUCAGAAAAUAAUGAUCAGAAAAUAAUGAGCAGACAAUAAUGUUCUCUAUAUCAUACAAUGAAAGAAAUUACAUUUAUUAAUUGAUACUUUUACAUUUAUACAGCAACAUUCUAUAUUUGUCUCAUCACAUAAUAUUUUUUGGGGGAUUUAUACUCCUAUGUAUAUCUCUCUUUUAGCCACCUGAAAAUUAAAUGUACUUUUUCUAUUUUUACUACAUCUCUGUUGCUAAACUGGAUUUCUACUCUUGGACAAAACGUUUUGAAGAAGGAUCACUGUGAAUAAUACUGAAGAUAAAGAGUUUGCAAAGUGCAAUACCGGGUACAUUCUACCAGAACAAUUUGAGAAAGUUACUCAUGUUGCUCAACAACUGUGAGCUGGAUAUAGUUAUUUUCGAAAGGAAAGAAAUCUAACAAAAAGUUUUCAAAAAGUUUUCAAAAAGUUUUUUUUCUUGGAAGCUAUAUCUGAAUUACACCAAAGAUAUCUUAGAAAUGUUUUGUACAUGUUUUAAAAAUAUAUACAAAUAUAUCAUAUUGAUAUUUCGCAUUACUACAAAGAUUUUAGUAGGUUUGCUAAAAUUGCAGUCAUCUUUAUAACAUCAUAUCAUGCCUAAACAAAUGCAUUACUGUCAUCUCCAGUGUUUCUUUUUAUAUUUUGGCAUGCUAGUUAAUAUUAAUUUGUAAUUAAACAAUAUAGAAUUGU